GUGCUUCAAUUUAGUAGUUUAGGAGUGGUGUAGCCGUUGCAGUUUAGUCUAAUAGUGGUUUAUCCAUGGUAGUUUAGUGGUGGUUUAUUAGAAGUUUAGUUCAGUAGUUUAGCAGCAGUAUUAGCCUAAUAGAAGUAGCUUAUUUUAGUCGUGGUGGUUUAGUUUAGCGGUAGUAUUUAUUCAGUAGUAGUUUAGUGGUAAUAUUAGUAGUUUAGUAGUAGUUUAUUUUAACAUUAUUUUAGCAGUAGUAUAGUUUUCAUGCUUUUACUUUGUAGCCUGACCGGAAGUGCCCGUAUUUUUCCGGUUUUGUCUCUGACGUAUUUCCACUCGUUUUGGCUUUUAUUUUGUAGACAUACCGGAAAGGUCUUUGUUUUUCCUGUUUUGUCUCUGAAGUGUUUCCACUCGUUUUCGUGGUUUUAUUUUGUAGACCCACCGGAAGUGCCUUUGUUUUUCCUGUUCGCCUCUGACUGACGUAUUUCAACUCAGACUGCUCUGAACAUUCACUGUUUCUGGAUGAAAUAAUGCUCGGUUUGUCCGCUAACUUGUGUAUUGAGUUCGCAGAUAACCGCGCAGUACUGUUCCGGGUUCUGUUCCGGGUUCUGGUCCACCGGGCCGGUACCAUGCAGCUUUGACAACUCCGUCCGGUCCCGAAGCUUAAGGCUAACUUCAGCUUUCAGCGUCUCCGUAUUGGACAUUGUACAGAAGGAGAUAUACUUGUGGCCUUCUGAUUGUGCAUCUGGAGCUCAGAUAUGAGUCCAUCUCUUCAGUUUGUCAAAAGGAUGCUGAACCAUCAGUGCAGACGGAAUCCGGAGCUUCACGAUGAGCUGCAGAUCCAGGCGGCGGUGGCGGCGGGCGACGUCUGUACUGUCCGCAGGAUGUUGGAACAGGGAUACUCGCCCAAGAUCCGUGACGCUAACGGAUGGACGCUGCUCCACUUCUCUGCUGCCAAAGGCAAAGAGAGAUGUGUCCGAGUCUUCCUGGAGCACGGAGCCGACCCAACGGUGAAGGACUUCAUCGGUGGGUUCACAGCACUUCACUACGCCGCCAUGCACGGCAGAGCGCGUAUUGCCCGCCUCAUGUUGGAGUCGGAGUUCCGCAGUGACAUCAUCAACGCUAAGAGCAACGACGGCUGGACGCCGCUGCACGUCGCUGCCCACUAUGGCCGGGACUCGUUUGUACGCCUGCUGCUGGAGUUCAGGGCGGAGGUGGACCCACUGAGUGACAAGGGGACCACGCCCCUCCAGCUCGCCAUCAUCCGUGAGCGCUCCAGCUGCGUGCGCAUCCUCCUGGACCACAGCGCCAACAUAGACAUUCAGAAUGGCUUCCUGCUGCGCUACGCUGUCAUUAAAGGCAACCACUCGUACUGUCGCAUGUUCCUGCAGAGGGGGGCGGACACCAACCUGGGCCGCCUGGAGGACGGACAGACGCCACUGCACCUGUCCGCCCUCAGGGACGACGUGUUGUGUGCACAGAUGCUCUACACGUACGGAGCUGAUACCAACACCAGAAACUACGAGGGCCAGACGCCGGUGUCCGUGUCCGUCAGUAUGUCUGGGAUCAGCCGACCGUGUCUGGACUUCCUCCAGGAAGUCACAAGACAACCCAGGAGUCUCCAGGACUUGUGUCGGAUAAAAAUCCGUCAUUGCAUUGGACUUCAAAGUUUGAAAUUUCUGGAAGAUCUACCGAUUGCGAAGGUAAUGAAGGACUAUUUAAAGCACAAGUUUGAUAACUUGUAAACACAGCGAGGAUGAGGACAUCUGAAAACUCUGGUACAGUUUAAGACUAUGCAAUCACUUAAGUCCUUCCCCUGAACAAUGCUCUACAUGUUAUUAUGGGAUGGUCAGUCCCUGGUAUGUGUCUCAUUCAGCACAUUAAAAUAUUCUUUGUCCUUCAGCAUUUUUUACAAACGGAUGGAAAAGGACUGUCAUUGUGAUUUCUGCUUUUUGUGAACUGCAGAUGCCAUUGUUAUAACACUUAGCAUUAUUAUUAUUAUUAUUAUUAUUAUUAUUAUUAUUAUUAUUAUUAUUGUUACCAAUUAAAAUGUGCAUGAUGUUAAUCCUUACUGUGUCAUCAAGUGCAUAUUCUAAUUGGGUUCAAUCAUCCUCUGUAAUAUAUGAUCAGAUCAGGAUUAUUCACUGAAUGUAACUAAUGGAACUCCGGGUCACCCUAAACCUAGACCUAGACCCUAACCCUUACUCAAUCUAGGGUCUGGAGUUAGGGUCUGGGGUUAGAGUCACCCUAAGACCAUCAAAGCCUCAAACACAUGGUCUUCUGUUAUGGCUGAAGGUCAGUUGUCCUUCAUGGACCAUUAAAGAGUGAAGGUUUGAUUCUCCUGUUUUGUCUGAACCACCUGGUGGUCACCUCUCAUCUGGACCAAUUAGAGCUGGGUAGGUGGGGUCAACAAUGGGGGUGUAUCCUGCAUAUUUAACAAGCUCUAUCAGGUAAAAUAGGAACAAAAACCAACAACAGAUUCCUCCAAAUACAAUCAAUCAAAUUCUAUCCACAGACGCAUGUGAUCCAACAAAGACGACAGGAGAGUACACACACUGUACACACACAGCACACACAGUACACACACAGUCCACACAAAGUACACACAGUACACAGACUGUAUACACACAGCAUUCACAGUCCACACACAGUACACACAAAGUACACACAGUACACGCACAGUACUAUGCCAGGUACUUUCUGUUGCUGAUGACAUCAUCACUGAUGGACACAUGUGACCUGGUCUGGACCUGAAACUCCAUCUGUGAUGAAAAUGUGGAUACUUCCUGUCACUAGUUGUUCUGAACAGGACUAUGUGGAGCCGAUUGAAACACAACCAUACAUUGGAAGAGUUGAAAUGAAAUACAAAUACAAAUAAUCAAUAAAUUCUGGAUCUACAGCAGCAGACGUUUUCUCAAAACAACCUGAUGUUUGUUGAACGUCCAUAUAUCAGAAUGAACUGUCAACAAGUGGUUAGCCUGUUAGCUAAUGUUGGAUAGCCUGUUAGCUAAUGUUGGAUAGCCUGUUAGCUAUUGUUAGCCUGUGAGUUAUUGUUAGCUGUGAUUAGCUCACAGUUCCCUCAUUUGUAAAAGUGUCUUUGCUAUUUUUAUUGGGUUUAACUAUUUAACGUCAUAAACUUUAUUUAAAACCGCCAGUGU